AUGGGGAAGGACCAGGAACUGCUGGAAGCUGCUCGCACUGGGAAUGUGGCUUUGGUGGAGAAACUCCUGGCUGGCAGGAAAGGAGGGCUUCUGGGCAGUGGAUCUGGACCCAUUCCUUUAUCCAACUUGCUGAGCAUUUGGCGAGGACCAAAUAUAAACUGCACAGAUAGUUCGGGGUAUACUGCUUUACACCAUGCAGCCUUGAAUGGACACAAGGAUGUAGUUAUCAAAUUACUUCUAUAUGAAGCAUCCACUAAUGUGGCAGACAAUAAAGGGUAUUUUCCCAUACACUUGGCUGCUUGGAAAGGAGAUGUAGAAAUUGUGAAGAUUCUUAUCCAUCAUGGGCCAUCACAUUCCAGAGUGAAUGAACAGAACAAUGAAAACGAAACAGCUUUGCACUGUGCAGCACAGUAUGGACACUCAGAAGUGGUAGCUGUUCUGCUGGACGAACUAGCAGAUCCUACAAUAAGAAACAGCAAAUUAGAAACUCCAUUGGAUUUGGCAGCUUUAUAUGGCCGACUGCGAGUGGUAAAGAUGAUAAUCAAUGCAUAUCCAAACUUGAUGAGCUGUAACACAAGGAAACAUACCCCUUUGCACCUUGCUGCACGUAAUGGCCACAAAGCUGUUGUACAAGUGCUUCUAGAGGCUGGAAUGGAUGUCAGCUGCCAAACAGAAAAAGGGAGUGCACUGCAUGAAGCUGCUUUGUUUGGAAAGGUGGAUGUGGUACGCAUUCUGCUAGAAAGAGGAAUUGAUGCUAACAUUAAGGACAGUUUGAGUAGAACUGUUUUAGAUACUCUUAAAGAACAUCCUUCUCAGCAGUCACUCCAAAUUGCUGCACUACUUCAAGAAUACACGGAAACAGGAAAUGCAAGAGUUCCAGAAGAACCGUUAGAGGAAUGCCCAGAGCCUACUUAUCAGUCCUGUACUUUGUCUCCAGAAGUUUCCCCAUCACAGAAGACUAAAAGUGAAGCAGUGACUGGAGAGUUAUCAAAGCUAUUAGAUGAAAUCAAACUGUGCCAAGAAAAAGAUUAUUCAUUGGAAGAGCUGUGCAAUACAGUAUCAGAACAUUACUUGGACAAUGUUAGCAAAGUAUCAGAAGAAGAACCAGUGAUGAAUGGAAGUCAAGCCAAACAUAACAUAAGACCAUCUUCAACAAAUCUGUCACCAGCAGAAGAGGAAGAAGAAGAAGGAGGUGAAAGUUGUGGACCUACUGGAUUGUGGGAAGCUCUGACACCCUGUAAUGGAUGCAGGAAUCUUGGAUUUCCCAGUCUUACUCAGGAGUCAUUUCCAAAGAAGAGGAGUUAUACACUGGAAGCAGUGCCAUCUGCUUCUUCUGAAACAUUUUCUGCAGAAAAUGAGAAUGAUCUCUGUGAUUUUCUAGAUGCAGCAGUUACAAAGAAACCUUGUUCUUUAGAAAUAUCAAGAGGACCUUCAACAAGAACAGAUAAUGCACCUCAAGUAGCAAUUAUUGCACCAGGUACUGGUAACCAUAGAAACAGUUCAACAGGCCCAACACCUGACUGCUCUCCUCCCUCACCAGAUACUGCACUGAAAAAUAUAGUGAAAGUUAUCCGACCUCAGCCCAAGCAACGGACAUCAAUAGUGUCAGCCUUUGAAUUUCACCGAUCAAAUCACAGCCAUGAUUGUUUUGAAAUCAACUCCUCCAUUGGAUAUGCAAGCUUUACUUCCAGUCCUCCAAUCAGUCCAGCUAACUAUUCCAUUGGAUCAGUAGAGGGCAGCAUUGAAGAUAAUGACAUUCCAG